AUGCACUACGAGUUUAUUGACGGUCUCGAGGUAACGUAUGGUAAUGCACUAGCUGUAGGUGGUGGUUUUCACCGCGUCACGACUGCCGAGGGUUCAGCGGCUGAGGUCUCGCCUCAUACUUUUCUAUGGUACAAACUCUCGUCUCCGAAUCAGAAAAUGAGUACUUCUGAUUCUGAUUCCACCCUUGCCAUCACGCAAUUACGGAUCGAACAGGAACAAAAACAGAUGGAAAUGCCUUGGAUAAAAUUGGACAAGUCUGUUGAUCGUCAGAAUGGGCAGUUUUUAUGGUAUCAGACGACACAAUUUAAGGCCACAUCUGUAUCCUCUGAUCAAACAAAACAGUUGAUGCCAUUGAAGGAAAUUCGUGUGGUACGGGACCUGAAGGACGUCCCGGAAGGGUUUGAGGUGCUUGAUGAGCCACUAUUGAGUGUAGACGACCAAGAGAAGGAACUACGAACGUAUUUAUGUUUUCGUCGACUUGGAAGUGAAGACCUUUUGGGUUCGAAAUGGUCCAUUUUGAAUCAAAAAGUGGGCAAUUGGAUUGAUGUCAAGGACCUGUCGUCCAACAAGUGGCGCGUGGCACAGAUUGUGAGUCAGUCAGUAUCGGAGAUUCGAGUUCAUAUUCCAACGUGGAGGAAAGGACGUGACGAGUUUUUGUCACGUUUGACGUGCCACAAUCGUGUGGCUAAGCUCGGAACACAUACGAACGUGUACAUGUCUCCGGCGUAUCCGUUCCCACGUAAGCAAGGGAGUAUGUGGAAUGCCAAUAUGAAGGACCUGCAGCACGCUCGAGAACAAUUUGACAAGUAUUUUUACGAUCGUGACAGGCAGAAGUCAUACUUGCCACGAUUGCUCAUUCCAUUUAUUGAAAAGUCGUUGCUGUGUACGUUCCUGUCGAGUGAUCUUGCAGACAAAAUGAAUGCAUUUCAUCAGCACGUGCUGAAGAAUGUCGUAGCAUGUAUGCUUGGCAACGAUGCGGGUAGUGUUAUGGUGUAUAUGCUGUCGCUGUUGCGAAUGAUUCUGAAUGGACACAGCUCGUGUAUGUUCUUUUACAUUAAGUAUCCUGGAAGCUACACGGCGGCAAAGUAUCAACGUCUGGUGUAUACAUCGUAUUUGGUGAGCCCAGAUGCACUGACAGCGAUUCCAAGUCGCCAUCCAUGUCGAUCGUGUUACUUCAUUGACAAUGUCGACUUGUUCGUGCAAGCAGGAGGCUUUCGUCUGAUCUUACAGCGCCUAGAGGGUACAGAUACUGCGUUAAUCGAAGUACUGCUCUAUUGCACGAUUCUUGUCGAAGCAAAACCUUGUUUUACGCAGCAAAAACGUCGCCGCAGCUCUCCCUCAGCUCGUUGUCGUUCAACAGCGGAAUCCCAGACAGAAGAUUUUUUCCGGGAGUUUCUAAAUGCUACUUUCUCACGGCUGCGUCGCAUGAGUGGAGAGGAGCUAAAAGAUGACAUCGGGCUCAUCGAUCAAAUAGUAGACAUGCUGGAUGUACUUUGCAGGGACGGGCUGUUGCUUGGAGGGUGCAGCUCUGAAUCAGACAUCGACGAAUUAAUUGCCGCUGAUUGUUCCGCUUCAUCGUGUGAUGUGGAAUUUGCUGAGGCGAUUGAAAUCUUCCAUUUGGAUUUAUCAAAAAAGUUCAUUUGCUGCCCGUAUUUGUCGCAACGCCUGCUGGGUAUUUCACGCAUCAACGAUUUGAUUUCCAUGGCUCAACGAAAGGAUGCUCUCCAUAGAAAAGCAACUUUGGUUUUGAGACGAUCUUCAUCUUCCAUUAGUACAACGGCGUCAUUAAGCACGAGUACUUUCAGUACUGCCGCAUCCUUACAGGCUUCGACUUCUGGGGACCAGCCCAUUACAAAAUGGCUGCGCACGAAAUACAUUGUUGAGUGGUUGACGGCAUCAGACAUCCUAGAGGUGAUUUUAGGUGAUCGAGAGAGCUGUGUCAAGUACUCGCUUCAAGAGGGUACGCAUUUGGAGAUUUUGAAGCGUUCCAAAAAGAUUUUUAAAUUCGUAGCGUAUCACGGCCUCUUAACAGAGCAGCAUAUUGUGUUGAUGUGGAAAACGGCGAUGAGUCAACUGCGCUCAGGCAGAAAGGCAGUUUUUGAUAUUUUUAUAUCGCUGUGCGGUGUGCUAUCGGCUGAUUUGAUUGAUGUCGUCGUGAUGCUGUUGACGCAAGUUCCUUUAAGUGACUAUGACGAACUUGUCGUGAACUUUAUUAAGCGUGUCAUUACGAUUGCAUCCAAGCUCGUAGUUGAUGCUGAUGCGGGUGGGUUUAAGAUGUCGCUAACGUCCCUUGUCAGUGCUGCAUCUGGAACAAGAAACAAACUUAGCGCUAGUGCUGAGAAAGACGUUGAAGUCCUAAACAAGGUGGUGAACUUAUGUUGUACCCUGUACUGGAAUGCUAUAUUACAAACUGAGGCAUCAAACGAGAGUGGAGCAAACAACAGUUCUAGGCUGCGUGUUUCAAUGCGAAGUGAAGUAGAGGCAGCUCUAGCUGACUCGUUGAACCACGUGCAAAAGCAGUGGAUUUCCGCCGGGGCAGCAUCAUUUACGUCAGGAAAAAAGCAACAGCAGCUAUUAAGCGACUAUCUCCGCAAAUGUGCAGAGAACAUCGAGUCUGGCACGCUGGUAGAGACAUCCAUGAGUUUAAUCCGUCGGAUUGUGGACGGCUACGGGGGAAACUCAACCUCAUUAGCCGGUUCAGCAUUGUCAUUGACAAGAGCAAAUUCUCCUCCUACAACACCCGGCGAGCUUCUAAAAGAAUUAAACAGUGCGCACAAUAUUGUGCCAGUUGUCGUCGAGGCAAUCAUAAAUUAUGUUGCUCAGUCAGAUUCCAGAAAUCAAACGCAAACAGCUCACGCUGCUGACAUCAAGAAGCGCUUGGCAUUUCUUGGAUACAUUAUAACCAAAUCCGACCUAAAGCUGCCGUUUGAUGCUGUAUGCCAGCUAUGGGGUUGUUUUAACGGCCCCAACAGCACGAUAGAGGAGCGCGAUGUAUUUUUUGCGUGGUUUUUGACGGUUAUCCCCGAUCCUAACAACUUUGUCCAUCGAGCGUAUUCAGGGCAAACGGGUUUUUCUGAAGCUGUGGUUGGUGAAAUUUUUUGGUCGUUGAUUGGGUCUCAGUCCACCAGCACUAAAAAUGAAAGCGCUUUCCAAAUUCGUUUGGACAUGCAAAGUAUGAGCAAAGAAGCGUUUUGGGUGCUGGAGCGGCUAUUUCGGUUCGUUAACACAAGCGCUAGGCGACUUUCCUCUACUGGUGUUUCUGGAAGCACUCACACGAGAAGCGUGUCGGGUAAAAUGGGUGAAGCUGACCUUUUUGUCGUAGAAGCGUUGGACUUGCAAGGUCUUGAGACAUUAUAUGACGUGGCUUUGCGCGCAGAGAAUGAUGUUGUGAGUCAGCAAGCGAUCAAUUAUUUGAUCUAUCUGCAGCUUCACGUCGGCUCAAAACUCGUCCGGCGCGAGGUGUGGGCAGACUUUGUCGAAAUGUGUCUCUGGAGGCUAAAGGAGACGGUGAAACGGGCAACUGAUGCGUUGAAGACGCGAGAGGUUCUUCGCCUGUUAAUGCUGUUAAAUACGUUUCUUUAUCAAUCAGUCGCACAGUCUCAAGGCGGCGGAGGAACUGUUGAUGGACCGAAAGGACUAACGGUAUAUGUUCGAACGCAAGGGGGACGAGUUGCAGCACCUUUUCGGUACCACCUAAGGCGCACUUCGCUCGUAUCAGAGCUGCGUGAUCAAAUUGCCAAGGAUACCGGCCACCCUGCCGAUCGAGUUCGCAUCGUGAAUUCUGCAAAGACUAAGCUGACAGCGCAAGGGCAUGGAAAAUUUACGCUUGAGAAAGCGCGUGUCUUUAGUUCAUCCUCUGCAUCUUCACGACCAUCUUCAGCGCAGUCGUUAACGCAAACAGCACCAGCUUCCGUCCGCAGGAAUAACGAGCAUACCAGCUAUGUUGACGCAAUUUUGUUGUCGAAAGUGGAAAGUGACACGAGUGGUCACACCAAUCGCAGUAUCUUGGACUUCCACGGAGCAGCUGGGGUUGCCGCCGCGGCUGCUGCUGGUGUAGGUGGCGCUGGGAACAAUAGCAGUCCAGAAAGCGACUGGCAUGCAAUCAAAACGGAGAUAUCAGGAAACGAUACCUGGGUAUCACUUCUGUUUAGUCAGCUGUCCUGCAACGACGGAAUUGCAGAAGAAGCCUGGAAAGUGCUGAAGCUGCUCACAACGAAUGAGGAGAUGGAAAAGCAAAUGCGUACAUUGAACGGUGUGCUAGCAAUCGACGGCUCCAUUCGUAAAAAGACAAGCUUAUUUGAAUGGGAUACGCUUUUGGAUUUAAAGUGCCCUCCAAAACUAUUGUAUCAACUCGAGUUGGUGGAGAAAUUUGCGCUGUGCGGUGAUGGACGCCAUGACGCUGAUGACGAAGAAAAUGGUGAAGGCGACCACCGAAGGCAUGAAGCUGUUGGAUCGAUUGGAACAGUUAAUGCGUGGAGUGCAUCUUUCUUAGAGCUUGGCGGUCGAGCUCAACUGGAAAACUUUUUGCUCCUCCAUUUCGUGCUGGUGGAAUGUAAAUUGGCGGAUAACGAUGGAGGAUCCCUUGGUGAAAACCCGCAACAGCUGAUUCAUCAGUUCCUGGAAACGCUGAGCAGUCUUCAAAGCAUCGAUGAAGCAUCUAUAGAGGCUAAUUCGUUGACUGUAAUUACACAAAAAAGCGUAUCAUUAAAAGCGCAACUCUCAACGAUUGAAGAUCAGCUCAACGCAACACAGCAUCUUCCGCUAACUACGUAUCCUCGUCCACAGGUUGAAGACCGAGACAAUAUUGACGAUAUUCCGAGUGAUGCCUAUUUGAUGACUCGUUUGAUUUCUUCUAUUGCUACAUGGACGCUGAUAGCUACGCAAGGUGCGGGGGAACUACUGGAGAGCUACCCCGGUUACGGCAAAAUUAUUCUACGCUGUUUAGUGGAAAGCCGCUUUAAGCCUGUUCGGUUGGAGGCUGCCAACGCGAUCGCUGCCUUGUCGACCACUAGAAACAAGCUUCAAGAAGACCGUGUGGCGUGCUGCAACUAUUUCCUGCGUCUAUUAGGCGAAUACUCUGGGACAGUGAAUGACGAAGAGUAUUACAAUGUAUUCACACUACUAAUUACGAGCGCAGAGGAUUUGACCGAAUUUGCAUUGCUCGCGCCUUGCCAAAUUUUAUGCCGCCGAAUCAAGGUAUUCAAGAUCAAAGAUGAUGUAGUAGGUGUGACUGUUGGCCCUAUGUCCCUCUCAGCUCGGAGUAGUAGCAUAGAGGGAAGUAGGCACUCUCUAUCGACUGGACCUGCACUGGGCAAUCACGUUCACCCUCACCCUCCCUCUCCCGAUGUGCUGUUGGAAGGGCAGUUGUCUACGCUGCUUGCUAUCAUUAAACGGGUCCCGGCUGUGCUAGCGAGCGGCCUUCUUGAUGUUCCAUGCGACGGUCGCAGCUUGCGCGAGGUUGUCGCGCUAACCCUUCAUGAACGGGAAGGGAUCAUAAACGAGCUUUUCCACCAGUGUCUAUUUGCUACACCUGAAAAACAAAAGGACGGUGAGGUUCAAUGCGACGGAAUUGACAGUGAUGUCGUUGAUAUCCAGGUACCGCCUUCAUCGCAGUACUAUCUCCGGCAGCCUAAGUGUCGUAGCGACACAUGCCGAGGGGUUGCAUUUGACCUUCUCACGGAGCUCUCUAUUGACAAUACCGACGGCUUGCGCUUUUUGUUGACGCAAAUAGCAGAUCAACAUACUCUGGAGCGCUCUCCAGAUCAUAUAGAUACAACGUCGACGAUCUCAACGUCGAAAAGAAAGAGCUCAAAAUCGUCGAAAGACCAGGUGCUUCAAAGGGGAAAAUAUGUGGGUUUGAAAAACCUUGGGUGCACUUGCUACUUGAACUCGACGAUUCAAAGCUUUUUUAUGAUGCCGCGCUUCCGUCGCCAAGUUUUACGACUUCAGUCGAAUGGAAGUGGCAGCGAUAAACCUGAAGCGGUGAGCUUAACGUAUGAGCUUCAGUCGUUGUUCGCUCAUUUGGAGGGCAGUGCCAAGUCCUACUACAAUCCACGCCCAUUCACCCGUGCAAUGAAAACUUGGGACGGUGAAAUUGUAGAUGUGAAUGUCCAGCAGGAUGCCAGUGAGUUUCUCACUUCUUUUUUCCAGCAAAUCGAGUCGGAAAUGAAUGGCAUCAGUGCCGGAAGCGGUGAUCACUAUACAAGUGAGGAGAAUAUCUUGAACACGUUUUUUGGGGGCGAGUUUAGCAAUGAGCUUGUUGCUGAGGGUGAUCGCUACAGCGAACGCUUUGAGCCUUUCCACUUCAUUUCCGUGCCCGUUCGCGAUCGGAAAAACUUGAAGGAAUCGCUCGAUGGGUGGGUGGAAGGUGAAAGGGUUAGCUACACUUGGGAAACAGGCAGCAGCUCGAAAAGCGGAGGUGGAGCUGGAAGUGAUGGUGAAGAUGAAGAAGAAAAGGUGACACUGGAAACGCACAAGCGUAUCUCUAUUUCUAAGCUACCUUCCUACCUAAUUAUCCACCUAAAACGCUUCGAGUUCGACUUUGAAAAAAUGCAGCAAAUUAAGCUUCAUGACCGUUUUGAGUUCCCGAUGGAAUUGGACAUGUACCCGUACACCAAGGAAGGGCAGCAAGAGAAGCGAAAAAGAUCGACAUCAUCUGCAGACGAUGUAACCACCAGUCAUGAUGUCCGACUGAGUACAUCAUCAGACCGCAUGGACGGUGGAAGGACGACGGCACCGGAAUACUCUCAAUAUGAGCUUGUGGGGACUGUUGUGCACCUUGGUACGGCCCAUUCAGGACACUACUACUCAUUUUUGCGAGACCAGGAAAUGCCACUUGACAAAAAUCAGUGGUACGAAUUCAACGAUACGCUGGUAACUCCAUUUAAUCCAGCCCACAUUCCAGAUGAGUGUUUUGGCGGCGAAGAAUCAACACGUACUCGGCAUGGCUCAACAAGUGGAUCCUCGUUGCCGGAGAAAGGUGCUCCGCUGCCAGCUACGAUGAAGAACCGUAGCAGUUUCAUGCUGUUCUACGCCCAAGUGCCUUCCACGCUACGUAUCGUCAGCGAAAGCGAUACUCCUUGUGUCAGCUUUUCUAGCGCUGUACUUGUGACAGCAUUUUGUGCACGACUGAAGAGGAGAGCAUCUUUCAAGUUAGUGCGUUUGCGUAAUGUGGCUCACGUGAUUGCGCCGGAGGCAAUUCGAAAACUUAUCGCUAUGGAGAACUGCUUGUUCUGGCGUAAAAAGUAUCUGUACGACACGCGAUGCCUGAAGUUUACGUACAAUCUUUUGAGAUCGUGUCUCGUAGGGCUGGAAAAUGCCAAGAGUAUGGCAGUUAUGCCGCACUUUGAGCCGGUAGAGGUACAGUUUGAAGCCCUGCAAGUGGCUACAAAGUUUGUGUUUGGCACUUUGUGGCAAGGCGGUGACGUAAGCAAGGUCUUGGAAUGGCGUCUCAUUCUACAAGCACUCUAUCACUCUGAUGUUGGUGGCUGUCGCUGGUUCCUAUCAACUAUGGAAGCGAACGAGUCGCUACUUCUGGAUUUGCUCGUUUUUAACGAGCACCGGGAGGUCCGUGAACUAAUGGCUAACGUUAUUUCGGAAGCCAUUGUGACCACAUCAAAUACUGAGUUCGAAAAGGAGGCGGAUCACGAAACGCAAACUCUUGCUGAAAACGGGAAAAAACAAUUGCCCGCGUCGUUCGAGUUCAUGUUUUUCCUAAUCCAGUUGAUGCCAGCGUUGCUUUCAGUUCCUGUCCACCAUCAUCGCCAAUAUUUCCUCACGAUGUACGAUUUUGUCCAGACGGGGCGCAAUGAAGGGUCUUUCCUUGUGGUAAACGGUGUUGUUGGCGCGAUUGUUGCACUGCUUACGGGCCUCGGGACGACACAACCGCUGCUCCAGUCGCAACUGAAGAAGCACAAAUCAAAGCAAAUAUUGAAGUGCAUCGACCUUAGCGUCACGAUAUUGAAGCUGUUGUCCGUGCUUGUUCGCUGCAGCUUACCUUCUGCAAUUGAUGUUGAAGCGGAUGCCGACCACCCACUGACUCUUCCGUCGAACAUGGCUCAUGAUCAUGUGGAUCUCACACCAACAGACCAUGACGUUCUUCUCAAUGAGCGCUUUGUCACCCUGCUUACGCAGCGUGCGAAUCACUAUACCAAGGAGACAAAACCACUGGAGCAGAUUGUUAAUCAUUUGUGUUGGGAAAGUCGACGCGUCACUGCAGCAUUCAUGAAAACGAUAAUGCAUGGUAUUGAAGUAGAGGACCACCACGACGUUAAGCCAUACUUUCGUACGCUGCAUUCGCUUCUCAAGAUCCGCGAUUCACUUGCGGUAGAGCGUCUGACGGAUGCUCUCACCAAGCUGGUUGCCGUGAUGGCAUCACAGCAACGGUAUUAUAAGGCUACAGAAACGUCCAUUGAUAUGCUCGCAAGGCUCGCAAAACGCCACAGCGGUGUGACACAAUGGCUGCGGGAGAAUCGGCAGAGCUGUGUGUGGAUGGAGAAGUGGCUGUUGGCCCACCGCGGCACUGAAGGGUAUUUGCAACAGCGCAAGACCGUGUUGGUGAAGCCCAACAGCACAUCGUCAUGGGUGAGCGUGAGUGUAACGAGUUCUGGACUCAUCAAUGCCAUUGACCGUUCCAUCACGAGAUUGCUGCCACGGAUCCGUAGCAUUUUAGACCCCAAAGCUGUCAUUGAGACUUUCUACGACAGUGACGACAAUCCUCAGCGGCUUGUUGGCAAGCGAGUUCGUGUCAGAUGGGCAAAGGACAAGUGGUAUGAAGGAACCGUCGAACAAUUUAAUGAGGACACGUACGAACACUUUGUGGCGUACGAUGACGGCGACAAACGGUCGUAUCAUAUGUCUGAGAAGCUGUUCUACAUCGUGAAUCUGACGCCGUCACCCAAUCCUCGCAAGAAGAAACAUCAGCCGCAACAAGCUUGA